AUGCCGGCUGUAUCAGGCUUAUCUCGGCCUUGUGAGCAGCGCUCGCGAGAAACAGCCCCUGCCACACCUCUUGCCGCGAUGUAGGUCAGGAUCUGGUCUUCUGCCACCGUUAAGUAUCGACUCCCCCUCAACCCGGGCCAGUCAAGACUCUGAACAAUUCUACUACUUCGUUGAAUCCAGGCUUAAUCGUUCCUGCCUCGAGUCUCUGACCAGCAUUAUAUUCAAGAUGCCAAAGACGCCCAAAGCGACUGCUCGCAGCACUGUUUCGAACAACGCACAUCUCAGCCCCGAAGCCUUGUCUCAUGGUGUUGAAUCCCGAAGGAGCGCUCGUCUCGAAGCAAAACGAACUGCUCGAGAGCUACGAAAAGAUGCGGAUCUGCUACCAUCGGUAGAGAACACCCCAACACGCUCAAGGAAGGACUCCAGAAUCUCGGUACCGCACGACUCUAGUCUCCAAAAGAAGACAUCCAAAUCCGAGAUCUCUUGUCAUUAUGACAUUGGAGAACUGCAGAAUGUCUCUGGCGAUGAUAGCGAUGUGGAAACAGUUUCCGAGCUGGAAUCUCUGGAGGAUGACUGCUCAGACCAAGACUCUACCUAUUGCCCUGAAGAUUCUUCACACGGAAGCUCAGAAGACUAUUCGGAUGACUGCUCAGAUUACUCGGACGAGCGCUCCGGUGAUCUCGUGAACCAGGGCUUCGAUGAUCAAGCAGAUGAUUGUUCUGAUGAUGAAGUGAUGAUGAGCGACAGUAACAUAUCCCAAACGCGACGAAAGCGGUACGAUCAUACUUCUCAGAAGCUUGUGGAUAUCCUCCCUGUCGUUUGUGAGGAUAGCAAUGGCACACGAAUGGCUUUCUUAGCCGAAUCAAGCCCAUCACGCGCGCAUCGAAGGCGAACACAGACUCCCGACCGCCAAAUUUCUCGCGCUGCAAGAGCAUCCACAACUCUAUAUGCCGACUCAAGCUACGAACAUAGUGUGGUGAUCAACGCAAGCAAAGUGCGAGACGUGAUCAUUGAUAAACUUCAGCACGGAGAUUGGCGAGAUCUCGAUAAGCCAGGCUUUGUAUACGCGUUCCGGGACGAAGAGCUUGGGCUUGUCAAAAUCGGCUUUACUGGCGAUCUGCAACGAAGGAAAAGCCAGAUUCAGAGCACUUGUAAGAUGUCGCGUCCCUUGGUUCAAGUUGCAGACAGUGGUCUAGUGCCGGCUUACCGGGCACUCGAAGCAAUCUUGCAUCAAGAUCUUGCGCCACUUCGAUGGGUGUUCCUCUGUGAUUGCAAACAACCGAAGAAAGAGUCUCCCAAAUCACGUGCCAAGUCAUACUCGACGCCAUACACCAAACACCAGGAAUACUUCGAAAUCAAUGAUGACGACGUCAAAAAGGUUAUCAGGUUCUGGAGCGAAUUUGUCAAGUCGCGCCCUUGGGAAAGCCGAUUGAACAGGAACCCAUGUUUUGGUUUGAAGGCAAUGACCAAUUUCCAGUCUGAUUGGCUUCAUUUGUUCAGCCCCGACAAAGGCGUUCUUCCCCCCAGAUACGAAGGCCAGCAUGAACAUCACGAUUACAGACUGAUCCGAUGGCGCAAGAUCUUGGGUCUGAAGUGUGAUAACGCGAAGACGUCCGGGGACGAGGAGCCGUCUGCUGCAUCUCUCGUUCGUCACAAGAAAGCAAGGGGUGUCAGAAGAACUACCAUUGAUUCUACUCUCUGUAUCUCCAUGAAUGGUUUGACCAUCAACGUGGACCAGAGGUGAAACAACCAAGCGUCAUCCCUUACGACAACUCGAGGUCCAGCUCUAGGCUCCUAGUUUUCCCUCCGUCAGCCCGCCAGGUUUACUUCUGCU